AUGCUGAUGCUACGGCAACGACCACCACUGGUGAUUACGAUUAAAAUUGUCACUUCAAUCUUCACCAUAUAUGCAUUGUUUGGUGACGACAUACGAGUAAGCUCCACAUCACAUACUGCUGAUCCUACCUUCGACGUCCUCACCAGCAUAUCGUUAUUCAUUUUCACUGUCGAGGUCCUAGCAGCAUCUAUUGGUAAAGACGAUUACCUAUGGUCAUUUUUCUUUUUCUUGGACGUACUUUCAACGGCAUCCCUUAUAUUGGACCUAACCUUCGUAGCAGAAGCUCUCUUCAGUGGUGGUGACAGUAGCACUGGCGAAGCUAGAGUAGCUAGGGCCGGUAGAGCUAGUCGAGCAGGGACGAAGGCUGGAAGGGUCGUUAGGAUCAUACGUUUGAUACGUUUGUUGAGGAUCAUCAAGUUGUACAAGGCCGCACUUGGGAGGAAAAACAAGCAGGAGAAGCUCAGGAGAGCCUCGGUUUUGUCGUUGGAAUCAGCUGAUAGUAGUGGAGUUAAAUCUGACGAAAGGAGAAGGAGUUCUGAUGGGGACGUUUUAUCGGUGGAGGAAAAUGAGGGUAGCGACGAUCAAAGUAGAGUUGGAAAGAAGUUGUCGGAGUUGACCACGAGAAAGGUCAUAUUGCUGGUCUUGGCGAUGUUGUUUUUGAUACCACAAUUUGAGGUUACUGGUCAUUUCCAGGAGAUGGAAAGCAGUCCGCAUAGUUCGGAAUUGAAAAUUGGUGGUGUUGUGGUAUUAGAUACCGGAAAUAUUCCGACAUAUACGUACGAUAAACUGAUUUCGAGUUGGAAUUAUCGAUGUGGAAAUAGCAGUGGUAUAUUGCUCGAUUUCGAAGAUGAUGAUGAGAAGCAUUGUCCCGACAUCUACUUGAGGUUUACGGAAAGAGUGCGGUAUGUGCCUCUUAUAAGAGUUGAUGCUAAUGAGGAAAAAGAGAAUACGACACAAUUCAAUUUUGAGAUAGUCAUGGACCAAAGGUCUUAUACGAAGGCUUCGGCGAUAUUGAGUAUUAUACAAACAAUUUUCGUAUGUUUUUUACUAGGCGGCGGAGCGAUGCUUUUUUCGAAGGACGCGAAUGAUUUGGUGUUGCGGCCGAUCGAGAGAAUGGCGAGUAAAAUGGACAAGCUGAGAUUUAUUUCAAAACCACUUCACGUUAAACGCGUUAAACUGCGAUGUUCUCACUUCAGAGGGGAGCCCUUGGAAACGGUCGUUUUGGAGAAGACUAUCAUCAAAAUCGGGGGCUUGUUGGCCGUGGGAUUCGGCGAGGCUGGAACUGAGAUCAUCGGGCAUAACAUCCGAGGGGGUUCGGCUGCGGUUGAUCCGAUGGUCGCGGGUUCCCGGGUGGAGGCGAUAAUUGGUUUCUGCGAUAUACGCCAGUUCAAUAUUGCUACGGAAGUGCUGCAGGAUAAGAUUAUGAUAUUCGUCAACCAGAUUGGUGAGAUCGUACACGGUAUUGUCGAUGAAUAUCACGGAAGUGCUAAUAGGAAUCUUGGGGAAGCAUUUUUAAUGAUAUGGCGUUUACCUUGUGCUGAAUCGGAAGAGGAAAAUGCGAAAGUGAAAAAAAAGAGGGAAAAAUUAGCGGAUAUGGCGGUUAUGUCGUUUGUGAAAAUAUUGGUUGCUAUAAAUAAAUCACCAGUGCUUGCUGAGUACCGUCAUCAUCCAGGCUUAUCAGAAAGAGUAGAAGGUGAAUAUAGGGUGACCAUGGGAUUUGGAAUGCACGUUGGAUGGGCAAUCGAAGGCGCGAUUGGGUCGGAGUUCAAAAUUGAUGCAAGUUACUUGUCGCCAAAUGUGAACACAGCGAGUCGAUUGGCUGCAGCGACUAAACAGUACAGGACGAACAUAUUGUGUUCGGAAGCGCUAAUGAAGGGAAUGUGUUCGGAAGGAAUGGAAAAGUACAGUAGAGUGAUUGAUAAUGUUACAGUGAAAGGCUCGGAGGUUCCGGUGAGGUUACAUACUAUUGAUGUUGAUUAUAAGGCAUUGGAAGUGGCUGAUGCGGAGUCGUGGGAUAUGCGGCACGUUUUGAAGAAAAAGACGAAAAGGAGUACGAUGCGACGACGGGGGAGUCUGUCUGAUAGGCUGAUUAAUAAGUCGAAACUGAGAAGAAUGAGAGAAAAGGUGAAAGCGAGGAAAUGGCAAGAUAAAUAUGUUAUCGCUGAUGCUUGGGUAAAAGAUGAAGAUCUUGUUUCGGUGCGGAAAAUUUUCACUGAAGAGUUCUUGAGGAAAUUUGGCGAGGCAUAUAAAAAUUACGAGAGUGGGAAGUGGGAAAGUACAGCCGAGAUUCUGAGCGAAAUUAAGGACACGUUGGGGUAUGAGGACGGUCCGAGUGCGGUGCUAUUGGAGUUCAUAAAAUCAUACGGAUGUAUACCACCGAAGGACUGGAAGGGCUAUCGUGCUCUUACUCAGAAGUAG